AAAGUGUAUAAAUGACAUUUCACUUAGUCGUCAUACAAUUAAUUGACUUUAAACUAUCAAAUUAUAUUCUAAUUUAGUCAUAACUUAUAUCUACUUAUUUAUUAAAUAAUAAAGAAAGAGAUAUAUUAUUCCUUACUUGAAAUAUGGCGACAACUGAAAAUGUUCAAGAAAAUUCAACACCUGAAGACAUGAAAACAGUACAGUUACUGGCUAGGGGGUUAAUGGAAAUAUACGAGCCUCCUUUGGUGUCACUAAAUACACAUUUAAAAGAAUUAACUGAUAAACAAGAUGCUGUACACACUAUGAUCUGUUCCGAACGGAGGCGACUAGAGGAUUUACAGAAUGACGCUAUGCUUGAUGCACUGCUUGCCGAUAUAGCUACCAACAAGGAGAAGCUCUCGGCAAUCAGCGGCAGCAUGAUGAAUCUACAUAAAAGGGUGCAAUCUUUGCAGAUGAGAGCGGCGAAUAUAGAGAAGGUGGCUAAGAGUAAAGUCAGCCAGAAACCACAAAGCAGUUAGCAUAAACACAC